UAAAGUAGUUUUCAAUAUUAUUUCAACACCUAAACUUUCUAACCGCGUGGGUCCCACAUUUCUCAUCCUGAUUUCUUCAAAACUUUCUUCUUCUUCUUCUUCUUCUCUAAUAACCAAAACAAAUAUGGGAAAUUUUUGGAGUAAAAGGCAACAAAAUCACCACCACCACCACCACCACCCUCCUCCGCCGCCGCCGCCGUCUUCUUCUAUAGCUCCGCCGUUUCCAACUCUUGCUCCACCACAACCACAACCACCCCACCCAACCUACUCCCUUCCUCCCCCUUCUCAAAACCCUUAUCCUUUUCGACCUCCUCCUCCUCCACCACCCCACAACUACCCACCUCCUUCCACCUCCUACUACCACUUUAGUUUCAGUCAUACUAGACCUGUACUCUAUCAAAAUCAUUAUCCUCCUUAUUAUCAUCCUCAAACUAAUAAUGGAUGGCUUGGGCUUCGACCUCCUCCUCCGCCGCCUUUGCCGGAGGUUCCGUAUGUAGAUCACCAAAAUGCGAAGAAGAUUCAGAACGAUGUUAAUGUUCAUAAGGAUACAAUAAAGGUUCAAGUUGAUGAGCUCAAUAAGGAUUCCCAUUUGGUUUCUUUUACUUUUGAUGCCCUUGUUGAUGGAAGUAUCACCAUUUUCUACUUCGCGAAGGAAGGGGACAACUGCAAAUUUAGUCCAGUAUAUCCUGAAAUCAAGCCUGUUAAAAUACCAUUUAAAAAAGGACUGGGCCAAAAGUUUUGCCAGCCUUCAGGAACUGGAGUUGACCUUGGCUUUUUUGACGUUAAUGACCUUUCAAAGCCACUCCAAGGAGAAGAAAUUUUCCCGCUUGUUAUAUCAGCAGAGUCAUGUCUGCCAUCUAUACCACCGGCUGAAAAUUAUAAUGGCAAAUCACUGGAUAAAUCUCCCCAUUCACAGAUAACUGAAGCUGUGCUAGUGAAGAAAAGUAAUGAGGAUCAUUUUCAAGUGAAAGUGAUCAAGCAGAUUUUAUGGAUUGAAGGAGUUCGCUAUGAGUUGCGAGAGAUUUAUGGGAUUAACAAUUCGGAUGAGACUAACGUCAAGGAUGAUGAGUCAGGAAAAGAAUGCGUAAUUUGUAUGACAGAGCCGAAAGACACGGCAGUUUUGCCAUGUAGACAUAUGUGUUUGUGCAGUGAGUGCGCCAAAGAACUGAGGCAUCAAUCAAAUAAGUGUCCCAUAUGCCGUCAACCCAUUGAGGAACUUCUGGAGAUAAAAGUCAACGAAGCGGCAUCAUAAGCUUGGGUGUUGUGUUGCGACAGCCAGAAUUGUAACAAGCCAAGGUUUGGUUUUUGGUAUAAUUUUCAGCCUGUGAUUGUAUAGCACAGAGAUUGUACAUAAUACAGUGUGAAUAAUACCAAGUUUUUGCCAACAUUUUCAUCUUUUUCUUCAAAGGAAAAUUUAGACACA